AUGUCUCACGAAGAGGAUCUCAUCGACUACUCCGACGAGGAGUUCGGCGGCAACGACACGGCCGCCGCCUCCAACGGCAAGAAGGCUGAGGCCGCCGCCGCUACAAACGUCGACAAGAAGGGCAGCUACGUCGGUAUUCACUCGACUGGUUUCCGUGACUUCCUCCUCAAGCCCGAGUUGAUCCGUGCCAUUGGCGACUGCGGUUUCGAGCAUCCUUCGGAGGUUCAACAAACCUGCAUUCCCCAGGCUCUUCUUGGUGGUGAUAUCAUCUGCCAGGCCAAGUCUGGCCUGGGUAAGACUGCCGUUUUCGUCCUGGCCACCCUUCAACAGAUUGAGCCAGUCAACGGCGACGUCUCGGUGGUUGUCAUGUGCCACACCCGUGAGCUGGCCUACCAGAUUCGCGACGAGUACAACCGCUUCAGCAAGUACAUGCCCGACAUCAAGACUGGCGUCUUCUACGGUGGUACCCCCAUCAAGACGGACAUUGAGACCCUCAAGAACAAGGAGACGUGCCCCCACAUCAUCGUCGGUACCCCCGGCCGUCUCAAGGCUCUCGUACGCGACAAGGCCCUCCGCCUCGGCAGCGUCCGCAUCUUUGUCCUCGACGAGUGCGACAAGAUGCUCGACCAGCCUGACAUGCGCACCGACGUCCAGGACGUUUUCCGUGCCACUCCUCCUCAGAAGCAGGUGAUGAUGUUCUCCGCCACCCUGGCCGAGCACAUCAAGCCCAUCUGCCGGAAGUUCAUGCAGAACCCCACGGAGCACUACGUCGACGAGGACACCAAGCUCACCCUCCACGGUCUCCAGCAGUACUACAUCAAGCUGGAGGAGAGGGAGAAGAACCGCAAGCUCAACGAGCUCCUAGAUGACCUCCAGUUCAACCAGGUCAUCAUCUUUGUCAGGAGCACCGUCCGCGCCACGGAGCUGGACAAGCUUCUGAGGGAGUGCAACUUUCCCUCUAUUGCUGUCCACUCCGGUGUCAGCCAAGAGGAGCGUAUCCGCCGCUACAAGGAGUUCAAGGAGUUCAAGAAGAGAAUCUGUGUUGCCACCGACGUCUUUGGCCGUGGUAUCGACAUAGAGCGCAUCAACCUGGCCAUCAACUACGACCUGUCGAGCGACGCCAGCUCUUACCUCCACCGUGUCGGCCGUGCGGGUCGUUUCGGCACCAAGGGUCUUGCCAUCUCGUUUGUGAGCAGCGAUCAGGACCAGGAGAUUCUCAAGGAGAUUGAGAAGCGCUUCGAGGUUGCUCUUCCCGAGUUCCCCAAGGAGGGUGUCGACGCCAGCACCUACAUGGCCUCUUAG